AUGGAAUCAAUGUUGCAAGUCCUCGUCCGGGGCCUCCAGCUCCUUUGGGUCCUGCUGGUUACUGCAUUGAUCGGCAAUGUCAUUGCCCUCAACAUCAACGGCGCCGGCUCCGCAAUGGCUGCCAUCAACUUCUCCAUGUUCGUCGCGGUCGUCUGCUGGCUUGCCUCUCUGUACGGCCUAGCCGCCGUCUUCGUCUCGGCCAUUUCCGUCCCCAUCGUGUUGCUGGCCCUUGACGGCGCUGCUGUCCUCUUCACCUUCAUAGACGCCAUCGUCUUGUCGGCCAAGCUCCGAGUCGUCAACUGCGGGUCGCUGGACAGGGGCGACUUGCCGGGCGACUACAUAGUCUGGGGCUCUGCCGACAAUGAGAAGCGUUGCCGCGAGAUCCAGGCCAGCACAGUCUUCAUGUGGUUCCUGUUCGCCAGCUUCUGCGCAGGCGCGUUCUUCACGUUUAUGAACUUCCGUCGCGGCGGCGGCUCUGUGCGCAGUUCUCGGCCCAGCAUGGCGCAGGUCGGCGUCUAA